AUGGCCCACAUUCAGCACGUUCCUGGCUGCUUUGUGCUUGUAACAGAUACAUACAUUUCUGGUUCUUUUAAGCCCUCAAACCACGUCUUGGGCGGGACUCAUUGGGAUGAUGAUGAUGAUGAUGAAACACCCAUGAUAAUUACUCCUAGCGUCAUUGUAACCGAUCGAGACGAAGGUUUAUCUGCAGCUAUUCGUGACGUCUUCCCAGAUGUGCGGCAUUUGUUAUGCAUCUGGCAUAUUGGCAACGACGUUGAGAACAUGGUGGACAAGUUGUGUGGCGGCAAGAAAAAUCAACAAGGGCAGGUAUUCAGGAAAAGUGGAUGGAACCCCUUGGUUGAAAGUUCUACGAUCGAGGAAUAUGAAGAUAAAUGGCAAGUGAUCGUCAGUACGUGGUCGGUUAGGAACAAAAAGGUCGUUCGGUAUUUGACUGGAACAUGGAUUCCACUGAGAGAGAAAUUUGUCCGUGCGUGGACGAAUGAUUGUUUACACUUGGGUAACCGGACUACCAGCAGAGUUGAAAGCCAACACUCGUCUUUUAAGUAUUACCUUGGUAGCGGUAAUAGCUCAUUCGAUACCCUUUUCAAAAGGGCGCACGCACAGAUUACAAAUCAGCAAGCUACAAUCCGACAAGCGCUAUAG